AUUCACAACGCACAUGUGGCGAAGAAGGAAUUGGUUUUCGUCGAUUAGCAACUUGCGGUAAUUUCUUUGUUGAUUUAUUUCAUUUAUUUGCAUUCAGUGCUAAUUUUGUGAAUACUAUCAAAAAUGGCUGAGUUUGUACAACAGAAAAUUGAGGAAAUGAUUCCAGAAAUGGAAGAAAUGGUGAGAACUAGAUUGUUUACUAAUGACGAAACUGGAAAAAUACUGAGACGGCGCCGAGCUUUUGAGUACAAAUUAAAGAAAAUGAAAAAAUCAUUACCGGACUUUAUUGCUUAUAUAAAGUAUGAACAGAAUGUACUGUCGCUCAUUAGAAUACGUCGCCGUCAACUUAGAUGUAAAUGGAAAGUUUGUGAAAUCGAUGUUGCAAUUGUGCAGCGAAUACAUAAGUUGUUUCGACAGGCGACCAAAUAUUUCCCGAACGACCUUCAGUUGUGGCUAUCUCAUAUAGAAUUUGCUAAAAAGAGAAAUCAAAAAUCCACAGUAAAUCGGAUAUUUUCCAAAAUGCUUCGUAUGCACAAUCAAAAUGCGAGCCUUUGGAUCUUGGCGGCUAAAUACCAUUUUGAAAACGGCGAAACACAGCUUGCACGUAAGUUCUUUCACCAAGGCUUAAGAUUCAACAAUAUGUCUCAACUUCUGUGGCUGGAAUAUUAUCGCUUGGAACUCCUUUGCUGUGAUAAAGCUCGCAAGAGAUUGGAAAUCCUGGAAGUUUCUUCUGAGAAAAUCCCACACAGCAACCAGUCAACUAUAAACGGCCAGGUCGCAUUUGUUGUAUUCAAAGAGGCACAUGAAGCAAUAGCAGGUGACGUAAGUUUUUUGUUGAAAUUUCUCCCCAUAUGUCGCCUGUUUGAUUUUACUGAGCAUCACGAAGAGGAAAUCUUCACAUUGUUGUUAAAUCAGUACAAAGAGAACGAACUGGUGUGGGAUGCUCUCGCACGACGAAAGUUUUAUCAUGCUGCUAAGGACUAUAGUAAGUCUUUAAUACCGUUAAAAAUAUACCAAGACUGUUUCCAGAGUUAUGAGAAAUCCCUCGAACUCAAAUCUACCCCUGCUAUGUUGAAUAUGUAUUUGGAAUUCUUGUUCGAGCAAUUACAAGAAAAUAAUAUGAAAAUAACUAACUACCUCAAGGAACACAUAUUAACUGUCUUUGAAACUUAUUCUCAGAAACAGUUGUUGUCUGCUGAUAAUUUCCUAAAAUGGUUGCAGUUCCAAUCUGAUGUUGGAUCUGUCAGUAAGGCAUUACAAGUUGCUGAGCUUGCUGUGCAAAAAUUCCCCAAAGAUCUGAGAAUUUGGCAUGGAUUUUUGGAUCUUCAAAUAUUGAAUGACGUCGACUUUGACACUGUCUAUGCUUCUUUUGGAAAAGCCUUAGAUAAUCUCAUUUCACAGAACACUUGGCCAUUAUGGGAAUCACUUUUAAAUUUUGCUAAGAAAUGUCAAUCUUCAGAGAUAGAACUGAUUUUUGAACGAGGUAGGUCACAGCCUAAUAUGGACUUAGUUGGUAAAAUAAAUACUCACUAUUUGAAAUGGAUUUACGACACUAGUGGAAUUUUGAAAGUAAGAUCAAAGUAUAAAGAACUGUCCAAACAAAAACCUGUUUCAUUGGAUUUUUACAAAGAAUUUAUUGCUUUGGAAAAAUCUCAAAAGAAUCCAAAUAUAGACAGUCUUCGAAUUGUUUAUGAAGAUGCUGUUCAAGAAUAUGGUAAAGAUAUUCCUGAUUUUUGGCUUCAAUAUAUUAAUCUUGAGUCAACUCAUCCAAAAGGGAAGAUAGAAAAACUUUCAAGUAUCCAUUUCAGAGCUAUAAAAGUUUUACAGGCUGAAAAACUUGAAGAAUUUAAUCUAAAAUACAUAUUAAUGAGAACUGGUCAGCUUAAGAACUAAUAUUCUUUCAGUAACUCUGCUUUUUAACUGAGGAUUUUUGUAAAUAAAUAUUUUUAGACAUCAGC